AUGUCGAACCGUUCCGACGAGUCGUUAGAUCCACUUUUCCACUACGAGCCGAGCCGUAUAGACGCCGAGGCGAGGGGUGCGAUGGAUUCUUCCGAGGCGUCUGCUUCGCCGAGCCCUUCCAACAAUUCAUCUGACGAGGCGUCAAAUGAUGAAAACCCAUCGGAUGUCGGUUCUCUGGAUGGCGAGCCGUCGGUUUUGACGAGCCGUCCCCAGGAUCCCGCUCCUAACGAGGAUAUUAACCGAGCCGCGCUCAAGGCCGAGGAGGAGGCGUUUCCCUUUGAUCUUUUCGAGGCGAGGCUUGAGUUGGAACGCCUCAUGGCGUCCCGAGGUGCUUCCACAUCUGGACGAGCGCCGAGAGUUAAGAGGCAAAAACCCGACCCGCCUGGGUCUACACUCUGCUCCCUUGAGUCGCUCGAAGCAUUGAGGCAUCGCUUCGGAAUAUCCGAGGCGGUAGAGUUCGUUGUCCCAGAGAAAAGUGACCGCGCCGACAACCCUCCAGAGAAUCAUUUCACUCUGUACGAGGCGUUCUUCGAGCUUUGCUUCCUCUGGUUCCCAAUCCCCGGAGUGAUCCUCGAAUACCUUUGGAAACACGGGAUCUCGAUCGGGCAGAUUAUGCCGAGGGGACUGCAGCAUAUGAUCGGCAUUUUAGUCCGAAGCUUCGAAUGCGGUCUUGACAUCGAGUUGAAUCACCUGCUGAACUUGCUGGAAAUCAGGAAGGCUCCGAAAGGAAACAGGUUCUAUAUUUCUAACAAGGCGAAACGACGGAUUAUCGGCGGUUUUCCCAGCAAGGACCAGCUCUGGACCGAACGCUUCUUCUACGUUUUAGUGAAUGAGGCGUCGGUCGGCGAGGAUUACGUUUGCCGAACCAAGACCGCCUGGGGACCACUUGUUCGGUGCUAUCUUCCCCCGAUUCCCGACGACCUGUUUGCCGUUCGAGACUCUCCUUCAGCGCGGAAGGUUAACUGGAGAAAGAAUUUCACCCUCGAGAGAGUAGAGAAGGCGCGAGCCAUUCUUGCAGGAGUUCCCGUCAGCUCUUCAUCCUCCAGUUCCUCCAGAGAUACCCGUGAAAAGAUGGUGAUCUUAACCCUCCGAGAAAGGAAGAGACGCGAACAGGAGGAAGCCGCUAGACGAGCUGCCGAGGCGGCUCAGGCGCAGGCCGAGGCGGUUCCGGCACGUGCCGAGGCGGUUCCGGCGCGUGCCGAGGCGGUUCCGGCGCAAGCCGAGGCCAUCCUUCAACCCGACCCCCAGAGCCGGGAAGAGGCUGUGACGAUCCGAGCCGCAGAAGGCAACGUUGCCGAGGCGGCUGAGAAAGAGACAGCGCCCGAGGUGGAGCCGGGCGAGAUAGUUCCCGAGGCGUCCGGGGACGGUUCGGAAGCGCGGAGCAAAACGCCUUCGCACUCCGCUAUCUUGGCGCUCCCGAAGUCGACGAGGCCGCCGACUUCAGUCGUUCAGAAGCACGACCCCAGCCGAAAACGUUUGGCUGCUGACAAGGGAAAGGGAGUCGCCGUUCAGAAAGACGAGCCGGCCAAGAAAAGGCGAAAACCGGCGCCUGGAGAUCCCGCUACGCGUAAGUUGGUCGUCGACGACCCUGAUGCUUCUGCCGUUAUGUUCUCUUGCGUUAAUAACGCAAACUCGCGCCUUCCUCCUCCUGAGAAGCUGAGGAGGCCGAGAUCAUACGGCGCGAUGGCGCAACGCGGUACUAAGUUCGUCGCGGCUAUUAAUGAUCUGAUGGCUGAGUACGAGGCGGACUUAUCUAAGGUCGAACGUCGUUUGGCCGAGGCCAAAAUUGAAUCCGCAGCGUCAAAGAAGAAGCUAGAAGAGGCUCAGGCCGAAGCCGCGGUGGCGAGGAGAGCCAAAAGCGCCGAGGUGGCGAUGCUGAAGAGGCGUAUCGAGGCCAAGGACGCCUUGUUUGAUGCCAAGGUCAAGAGGGCGAAAAAGGAGACGAGGCGAGAGCUCACAGCGAAGUUUCAAGAAUGCCUCGCCAAGGUGGAGGAGGGUCUGGUUCGGCUUGAAAAAGCCAAAAAUGACGAGAAUGAUCUGGGACAGAUCAGGGGCAAUCUGGCGAUGAUUGCCGACCUGAAGAAACCAGAUGCCCCGACGCUCGACGACGAGGAAGCAAAGUUGAAAAACUGGGAAAACGAGUACGCCGACGAGGAGGCGUACGAGCGCAUCGCUUCCGAGAUUCGGGGCGAGCUGUACUACUCCCCCGUAUCGCCGGACUCGACACCACCCUCGAGAACGAGCCGCUCGAAGAGACAGCGGCUAAAUUAG